AUGGCUACUCUGAUCAACGACCAAUAUCGUAUUGACCUACCUUCCACCAAUUCACUCACUCCUUUUGAAAUUAUCCUUUUAAACUGGCCCCCAUACAAUCUUACCCUCUCUCUUGACGUUCUCCUCAACCCUACAUACAAAGGACAUAUUAAACAACGUCGAUGCAAAAGCCACGUUAGACAACGUCAACCCCUUCCUCCAAGGCCUCAGAAUGCGUGGAUUCUUUAUCGUAGGGACUUUGAAUACCGACUACGUGCUCAAUUCCCCACUAUAUUAUAUACCAUUCACGACGUCUCAAAGAUUGCCGGCGAUCAGUGGAAGGUUCAGUCCGAUGUGGUCAAAGAAUACUUUUGCGUACUUUCUAAAUUGGCCCGAGAACAACACCGGCUUGCUUUUCCUGAUUACGUUUACAAACCAAAAAGGACUAAACAGAGGGAAAAAAAUGGCGAAGUUGUAUUCAAAAAUAUGGAUAAAACUACAUUUACAAGUCGGCAAAAUAAUAGAAUGCAUACGCAAAGAAAUAUUAAAGAUACCAAUAUAUACAAUAUUAAACCGCCUUACCAGGCGAAUGAGAGUGACAUGAGCACGGUUGUUAUAGAUACCGACCAAUAUCUCGCAUAUGAGAACGCACACAAUGGCACUUGGCUCGAAGGUUUAUUUCAGAAAGACAAUAAUUACAAUACACCCCCCGUCUGUCAUAAUCUAGUAUCGGAUAACGUUUACAACAACAAUAUUUGUGACGCCGAUAGCACGUUAAUUUAUCCUACCGAUGAAACAAUCUAUUUGCCUAUCCAAGAUUUUGUUUACAAUCUUUCGCUUUUCCCAUUUCCAAUUUCCCCUAAAAUGGUACAAUUCUUGAGACAGCAGGUAUGCGCUUCAUCGGGCAAUACCUAUCAAAUGGAUAUCUUUAACGUAAAUGCGCAGCUGGCUGAAAAUAAUGGACAGACGUGA